AUGUCCUACGAGCCUCUCUCGUCCAAAGACCCAGACGACGAGCACAAGAGCUACGGCUCCACAGACUCGUCGCCUGCUGCCGCCGCCGCGAGGAGCCCGACGGCGCUGCUGAUUGAAAAUGUCGUCUUGGAAGAUUUCGAGCGGCCGCAGGCCAGCAACCCCUUUCUCGACCCCGAGACGGCCGCGUAUUGGCGCAACGUCUAUGAAGGCUGCGAGUACGAGUGCCGACACGCCUUUGAUCCGACGCUGACCUGGUCGAGAAAGGAGGAGCAGGAUCUUGUCCGAAAGCUGGAUUGGAAAGUGUGUUUGUGGGCUUGUGUCAUGUUCUUUGGUCUACAGGUAGAUCGAAACAACUUGAGCCAGGCCGUUUCAGAUAAUAUGCUCGAUGAUUUGGGCCUCAGUACAGAUGAUUACAAUUACGGAAACUCUGUCUUUCUCGUGUCAUUUUUGGUGGCUGAACUGCCAUCCCAGCUUAUAUCCAAGGCAUUAGGACCGGACCGGUGGAUUCCAAUGCAAAUGGUGUUGUGGUCCUUUGUUGCCAUAUCGCAAUGUCUGAUUACGGGUCGGAGUACUUUUCUGCUUACGCGGAGCUUGCUUGGAUUUCUAGAGGGUGGUUUUAUACCCGACUUGGUUCUUUGGCUUUCUUACUUUUAUACUUCACGGGAGCUACCGAUCCGCCUAUCCUAUUUUUGGACCACAUUGUCGGUAACGGGCAUUCUGACCUCGCUUCUGGCCUCGGUGCUUCUUCGCCUUCGUGGGGUGGCAGGUUGGGAGGGUUGGCGGUGGCUAUUUCUGGUCGAAGGUGGAAUUACCUUGGCAGUAGGCGUGGCCUCCUUUUUCCGCAUGCCCGCCUCCGCCGUCCAAACCAAGACGUGGUUUCGUCCAAACGGAUGGUUCACCCCGAGGGAAGAGGCCAUUGUGGUGAAUAGGGUGCUGCGGGACGACCCGAGCAAAGGCGAUAUGCACAACAGAGAGGCAUUGACACCACGAAAGCUGUGGGAAGCGCUCAAGGAUUUCGAUUUGUGGCCACUAUACGUCAUUGGACUUGUCGCCUAUAUUCCACAAAGCCCGCCAAAGACUUACAUCACUUUGAUAUUGAGAAGCCUGGGAUUCAGUGUGCUAGAGACCAAUUUAUUGACCAUUCCUGCAGAGUUUCUUCAUAUUUGUAACCUUCUUAUCAUAACACGGCUGUCCGAAUGGUUGAAUGAGCGAGCUCUAGUUGCUAUACUUCAGCCUAUCUGGACUCUGCCUUGCAUAUUUGCGCUACGAUUCUGGGAUGGCACAUUUGAGAAUGCUUGGGGAAGCUACGCAUUGGUCAUGGUUCUCCUGUCCUAUCCAUACUGUCACGCGAUCUUGGUAGGCUGGACCUCGAAAAACUCCAACAAUGUCGGCACGCGCACUGUCUCAGCGGCGCUGUACAACAUGUCGGUGCAGACGGGGUCCGUCUUCUCAGCCUACGUAUACCGCGAUGACGACAAGCCCCUGUACCGCCGCGGCCAUUCGACCCUGCUGGUCAUCAAUGUCGUGUCCAUUCUCGUCUUUCUGCUGACGAAGCUCUACUAUGUCUGCCGCAACCGUCAAAAGGAGGCCCAGUGGAACGCCCUGUCCGAGGAAGAAAAGGUCGAGUACCGCCGGGUGACCAAGAUUCAGGGUAGCCGGCGACUGGAUUUUCGGUUUGCCCAUUGA